UGUUUUUCCUCUGUAGAGACAUGGAUGAGAUGAGCGGACAAGAUCCAAACUCUGAGGACACGCAAAAGAAGGACCAAAGAUUGCCGUUCCAGAUUUUCCCGGACCCUGUUGAGGUUGUCCUGGGCCCAGAGACCACCUUGAACAGCCUGGACCACGACCAUGAGAAGGAACGCCUGCCCUCCAUUGUUGUGGAACCCACAGAGGUGAGCGAAGUGGAGAGUGGUGAGCUGCGCUGGCCUCCAGAGAACAUGGACAUGGAGGAAGACGAGGAGGACCUGUUCCUGGAGCAGUGCAUUCCCCCGGCCAACAUAGCAGACUGGGGAGAAGAGGAGGAGGAGGAGGAGGAGGAAACGUCAGUUAUACUGAACCAGCAGCAAGGCUUGACUCUCAUUGACCUUCAGUCGGAUGCAUUUAGAGACGACACCCCCACGCUUCCACCGAGCAGUGCUCCGGCCCUCAACUGACUUAACCUCGGAGAACUCAGCACCUCCGAUGACCCUGUGAGGAAACAUCCUGAC